AGCAGAUGCGGCUGGAGGCGCGCGGGAGCUGGGUGCGAGCAGGGCGCAGUCGCGAGGGAGGCGCGGGGGAGGCCAGCGGGAACCGGGGCGCCAGCAGCAGCAGCCUGUGUCGGCGGAGAGCAGCCGGGCACAGCCGGAGUCGCAGUCGCGAUGGCCGUAGCCGUGGGGAGACCGAGCAAUGAAGAGCUACGCAACUUAUCACUUUCAGGCCACGUCGGAUUCGACAGUCUUCCUGACCAGCUGGUCAACAAAUCCACCUCUCAAGGAUUCUGUUUCAACAUCCUGUGUGUGGGUGAGACGGGUAUUGGCAAAUCCACGUUGAUGGACACUUUAUUCAACACCAAGUUUGAAAGUGACCCCGCUACUCACAAUGAGCCAGGUGUCCGGUUAAAAGCCAGAAGUUACGAACUUCAGGAAAGCAAUGUACGGCUGAAGCUAACCAUUGUCGACACGGUGGGAUUUGGAGAUCAGAUUAAUAAAGAUGACAGCUACAAGCCUAUAGUGGAAUAUAUUGAUGCCCAGUUUGAGGCCUACUUGCAAGAGGAAUUGAAAAUUAAACGCUCUCUCUUCAACUACCAUGACACGAGGAUUCACGCCUGCCUUUACUUCAUCGCCCCCACGGGCCACUCUCUGAAGUCCCUGGACCUGGUCACCAUGAAGAAGCUAGACAGCAAGGUGAACAUCAUUCCAAUAAUUGCAAAAGCAGACACCAUUGCCAAGAACGAAUUGCACAAAUUCAAGAGCAAGAUCAUGAGUGAACUCGUCAGCAACGGAGUCCAGAUUUAUCAGUUCCCCACAGAUGAGGAAACGGUGGCCGAGAUUAAUGCAACCAUGAGUGUCCAUCUCCCCUUUGCUGUGGUUGGCAGCACUGAAGAAGUGAAGAUUGGCAACAAGAUGGCCAAGGCCAGGCAGUACCCUUGGGGUGUGGUGCAGGUGGAGAAUGAAAACCACUGUGAUUUCGUGAAGCUGAGGGAGAUGCUGAUCCGCGUGAACAUGGAGGACUUGCGAGAGCAGACACACACGCGCCACUAUGAGUUGUACCGGCGCUGUAAACUUGAGGAAAUGGGCUUCAAGGACACCGACCCUGACAGCAAGCCCUUCAGUCUUCAGGAGACGUAUGAAGCAAAAAGGAACGAGUUCCUGGGAGAGCUGCAGAAGAAGGAGGAGGAGAUGAGGCAGAUGUUUGUGAUGAGAGUGAAGGAGAAAGAGGCGGAACUGAAGGAGGCUGAGAAAGAGCUUCAUGAGAAGUUUGACCUCCUGAAGCGGACACACCAAGAGGAGAAGAAAAAGGUGGAAGACAAGAAGAAGGAGCUCGAGGAGGAGGUGAGCAACUUCCAGAAGAAGAAGGCAGCGGCUCAGCUCCUGCAGUCCCAGGCCCAACAGUCUGGGGCCCAGCAAACCAAGAAGGACAAGGAUAAGAAAAAUGCAAGCUUCACAUAAAGCCGGGCGAGCCAAGGACGCUCCCGCAUUCACCUGCUUUGGCAGUAAUAGCGCAUCUCUGUCGUCUGUGCCCUGUUUGAUUUUGUGUUGCACCCUUCCCCACACACCAGUAACCCUUAGCUCAUUUUGCUGAAUGUUGUCGGGUGAUAGAAAACCGUAGAACAAGGGGGUAACAGCAAAUGCUCGUGCGGCUGGACUGGGUUUCUGGAAAGUCGAUGAUUUGCCUCGUAUGCCUGUUCCAAGUGGCAGCAGGAAGCAUGUCUGUCACUUGUAUGUCACUUUGGACCAAGGAAAGUGGGGUAAAAUACUACCUGUACGUUUGACGUGAGAGCUCACCGCCUCAGCAGCUGAACUAAAACCCUGAGUAGCCAUGACAACAACUUGCAUUUUCUUGAUGAUUCAUCUCAUGCUUGCGCAGCCCCUGAAUUCAUUGCUCUUCUUCACACUUGCUGCAAGCCCAGCGUGGGCUGGAAAGUAGGCAGAAUGCUGAGUGGUAUCAUAGACAGCUUUCGGCUUGUCUGACUCUUUCAUUGAAUUGCUUGGUUAUUUGGCGCGAGCUUGUGGUCUGCUCAGACCCUCUUAGGGAUGGAGUCCCCAUCUGAAUGCCCAUUCUAAAGCCUGGCCCAGCUACUGUGGACCGGUGUUAGGAACAUGACUAUGUUCAACUCCGCCAGGGAGCCCCCGAUGCUUUCACAGGCCCAGAUCCCAAAGAGCAGCUCAUUAAGUAUUGCUUAGCUAAGGAACCUUCCACUGAGGACACUGGGUCCCCACUUACAGUGAGGGGUAUACCCCAUCCCCUUCCCCAACCCUUCCCCACACACCUGCAUUCGCUGUAAGCAGGCUGGCUACUUCUAAUAGAAAUUCUCACGAACUGCAAUGAAAAAAAAACUGCCAUAAAAACUUCAAAUAGAAAGGAUGCUAUCCAAUGCAUUCCCCGUAGCACAAAUCAGAAAGGAUGUCCUCAGUUUAAGGCAGGAUGGGACUGAGCCCAAUGCACCAUUACUCAGCGUAGAGGAUGGUGAGGCUGUUGGUCAGCUUCAGCUUCAGUUUAGCUCCUUAAUCGUGUUGAGACCCAGUUGUCUCUAAGGAAUUUUCCACAUUCGCCCCCUCACUGUGACUAGUUCUGCCUGCUCUGUCUCUUGGGGUCAUAACUCACUCUGCCUCCCCCGGCAGCGCUAACUCAUGUGCCAGGACACGCCCCGUCUGCCUGCUGUGUGAGGGGGAGAAGAGCGCAUUCUCUCUCCUCUCCAGUCUUCUGCUUGGCUGCCCCAUGCUAACAUGAUCCCCUGGCUUUUCCUGCUCCCCUGACGUUUCUCAUGAACCCAGUCCUUCGCCUCCACAUUUCUCCUCUGACAUCAGCAGUUCAUGCGAGUCGGGUAAAACACGCUGCAUCUCACGCUGUGACACACACUGAUAAAAAGAGAAUUGUCCAGCCAGUCCCUGUCUGGUCCCAGCCAAGUUUUCAUGUUCUUCCUUUCUUCCUUUCCCAGUCAUAUGAAUGCGGUGGUCUUUCAUAAGCUGAUUUAGGCUUCUUUAGGCACAGUAAGGAAAUUGGCUUCACUGGGGUGCAGACCAGGCUGGGACAGAAGCCACAGAGCAGCCACCACCGCCAUCAUCUUCACUGAUUGAGGCGCCCCUAGGCAGACCCUGGCUUUGCGUCCAUCUCUCUAGCUGGCUGUGGAGCAGCAGGCACUGAUGGCAUGCUCACUAACCGUGGCUGCAUUUGCUUCUUCGCUGCGCACCACACAAGAGCUUGAGUAUUCAUGUUGUUUGCUUGCUCCAGCCACUGCUUGUGUGAGCCGUUUUUUGUGCCAUGUAAUAGAAAAUAACCCUUUGCAUUUGAUUUCUCACAUCCCUAAAAGCUUUUUAAGAUAAGCUCAGCAAAAAAAAAAAAAAAAAAAAAUUCGAAAACCAUCCAGUUGACUUUUUGAUGCCAAAAUUAUUGAUUGGAUUUCUUUCUCCUUUUUUUGGCAUUUAAUUUUUUCACAGUAAAAUGAAACCUAUGGAGAGUCAGGGAAUAAAAAAACUAAGAGAAUCCUAAGAAAGUUAAAAACAAAAACAAAACCAUAUUGCUUCUGAAACUGUUUCCUCCCACCGCGCCCAAGCCUCCCAUAGUUUUGUUACUGCUGCUCUUUUUCUUUCCGUAUCUGUGCCUUUCUUCACAGUAGUCCCUGGCUCUGCACGGAAUAAACGAUACUCUCAAAUCUAGGUGGAUAUGCUUUCGCCUUUGCAUGUAAGUACAGGACUAAGACUCGGAGAUCUUUCUGUUCCAGAUGAGGGAAAACCAUUGGGACAGCUGAGGUUUUCUUUUGGAAGGGGUCCUGAAGGUUCAGUCUGAGUAAUUUUUUUUUCCUUAAGUGAAAACAUCUAUAUACCGGCCACAUUUCUAUUUUGCCCCACAGUUUUUGCUUCCUCUUGACCUCAGUGGAAGUAGGCAGGGUAUUGGUUCUGCAGAGCAUCAUGUGGUCGGCCUUGGAUUCUGACAAUGGGAGAAGGGAACUCCUGCCAACCGCUGGAUAAAAGUCCAGAAAACAAUGUCUCUGCGGCCUUUCCAUACCCUUACAGUUUGGACCUUAGCCUAAUGGUCUCUUCUUUGUGCUAACUGCACAGUGGCCACUCGUUUUUAUUUCUUUAUUUUUUUUGUCAGACAGCUUUGGCUGACCUCUCCCUGAGCAUCUUUUGCUCCUUUCUGAGCAUCUGUGCUCCCUGUAACUCUCCCGUGCUGCAGGGUGUGACGGAAUGGCCAGCAGGAGAAUUCAGUGGCAGGUCAGGACUAUUUUCCCGGCUUGGGCUCUGUAUUAAUUGGUCUCAAAGGGCAUCUCUCAGCUAGGGGGACCAUUCCACUUGAUUUUGGGCACGGGUUUCUUGUUCUCCACUACUCACCAGCAACAGCUCUUGCCUCCUCUCCAUCCUCUGCGCCUCUGAUGGGUGGACUUGGCUGUCUCACUUUCCUGACACCCCCACACCUAAGUGUUCCACCGAGUCUGUGUUCAGCCCCUCCCCCAAACCAUGCUGUCUCUGUGUGGUCCUACCGGAACUGUCCAUUUGAAUCCCUUGCCUUUGCCAUUCACAAGGGUCUGGACUUGUCAGGUGUCCGGUUCCAAAAGUCCUAGUUCCGCUGACAGGACGCUUAUUAUGGAGUUGCUACCUGAAUUAUGACCUAUAGAGUCUAGUUUGUAUGUAGGUGUGAAGGGAAUUUUUGAAAAUAAAUUGAAAAUUAAGCUGUGAACAGCAUUAGAACUUUUGUCUACUUCUUGAUUUUAAAAUAUGCUGAUAUGCCUUAAACUGUAGUUGUAGAACUGUCGUUUUUGCUGUUUGAAGAUAACCAGUGUUUUCUAAACUGUUGUGUAUUCUUUCAGUGUUAAUGCAGAAUUGUCAUGUAUGUAAGCUGCAUGUUAGACACGUGUCUUUUUUAAGAACUAAAAUAAUUGUAUUGAUGUGAAGCGUAUCGUUCCUGCAAGUAUGAAAGUGCUGGCUCAGCAGCCCGCUGAGUAACUCCAGUGUCUGUGAACGUGGUGUGCCGACAGGUGACCUAUGCAUUUAUCACUAGUGCCAAGACUUAAAGCGGGGAAAUAUAUUUUUACCCAACCGUUGUU